CGGCAAGAUUGACAGAUGUUCUCCUUGCAAUCCAAAUGACAGAAAAUAUAAGAUUAAAGUGGGUUUGACAGCAGGAAAACAGUGAUGGCAACUGCAGCAGAAGUGAGAGAGGGGUUCCUGUGCCCAAUGUGUAUGAAAGAUCUGGGGACAGUCACCUUGUUACAGGGUCAUUUUGAGGAGGAACAUUCCACUGAGGAUAAGGAUGUACUACAACAAUUAAGAGGUCUGUUUGGAAAAGCUAAAAAGAAAAUCCUUGGGGACCGGGAUGAGGUGGAGGAUAGUAGUCAGUCAUGCCUCCAGUCCUCAGUUUACAAAAGUCCAGCGGGCACAAUAUCGGGGUAUGACCCAGUGGCAUGGGAGCCUCAGGAAAUUGGAGUGACUCAUUCCUGGACAGAUCUAUAUAAAGCACACAGAGGAGCAAAAGUUGACAGAUACGUCGUUGAAACCAACAAGUUGAUCAUCCGUUUGGACAAGCUUACUGGACCAGAUGCACCAAUGGAAACCAGCAAACGCAGAGCCUACGAGAAGUCUGUUGUACCCUGGCUUCCUGACAGCCACGUUAAGGAGUGUCCUUUCUGUCGGCGUAACUUCACCCUCACUAGACGACGUCACCACUGUCGACUCUGUGGAGACAUCAUGUGUGACAAGUGCUCCCAGUUUCUACCAUACACCUUUGCUAAAAAACUAACUGAUCCCACCUUUCAAAAUCAAGAUGGAGAAGUAGGAUUUCUUUGUCGGACAGGAAGUAACAGUAGCCUUAAUUCUAUUCUUGGUCCUGAAGGAGACCCUCAUAUAAGAACUUGUCAGAACUGUCGCAAGCUGCUAGAAAGACGCAAUGAACAAAUAGAACAGCGCACAAAUAAACCCACCAUUGUAUUGUUGUAUGAGAAACUGAAAUCUUGUGUGGAAGCUGCUGAAGAACUGCUUACUCAGUAUAUGCCUAUGGUAGAGUCCUUAAGCUGUGGAGAGUCAAUGUAUAACUUGCAAGAAGCCCAGCGAUACAGAAUAAAAAUUACUAAGUUCUAUGAAACAAUAGAUGGUUUAAGCAAAAGGAUUCUUAACCUUGGCCUGAACAAUGAAGAUGAGCCUUCUCAGAAACAACUUCUUCUACAACGGGCAAUUAGGACAUAUGCUACAAACUUUAUGCAGGAUAAUAUGUUAGGAUUACAGGCAUUACCCACUGAGGAACAAUAUGUCAAGCUACAAGAAGCAAGGAAACUAGAAAUACAAAAAAGAAUCGCAGCUGAAAGACAAGCUGCCUUUGAGGCUCAACAGAGGGAAAAGCGAGCUAAAGAACAGAGAGAGCAGAAGGAGAUAGUGAGGAGUGAGCAACUGAAACAGUCCGAGACUCGGGAGAGAUCAGGAUCUCAGAAAUUAGCGGGAUGGAUUCCAAAUGAGUCAAGUCAUAUUAACUUUAAUAAUACAGAUGAUCCUAUGAUUCAGCAGAUGAAUAUAAUUCGUAGUUAUAUAAAACAAGCUAAACAGGCUGGGAAACUGGAUGAAGUACAAAUGCUAGAGCAAAAUCUGAAAGAGCUACAGAACGAAUACCUAAGACAACAAAGACAAAACUGGUCAUAAACAACUCUAGUCAUUGUUCUGUAAUUUAUAAAAACCAAAUGCUUUGAGUACUAAUUUAGAUGGCAUUUUUACUGUGAUUUUGUUUUUGACUUCACAUAUAUUAUACUAAAUGUGUCCUGUUAAAAUUGUGGAUCACCAAGUAAGUAUAUUUCACCUUCGGAGUGAUGAUACUAGAAUAACCUAGCAUUACAAAAAUUUUCAUGGAUUUCAAUGAUACAGCUUAUGAUAAGCCCUUCCAUAAAAUCAUCUUUAAACAAGUCUUGACUAUUUCCAUAUAUGAAAGUCAAGAGUGAUAACUGACAGUUGCUAUAGAUAUUAUACUUCAUAAUUACACAUAAAUAUUUUUGGACCAAUCAGAAAAUAGCAUUCUCGCACCUUCAAUGAAACAAAAAGAGAACACAUGCUUUUACUUUUUCCUCAAGAAGAUUUUUGAGACAAAAAAGUUUUUUUUCAAGUAAGAUGAACAGUUUGGAAGAGUCAAGUUAAUUCUUUGCAAAUUUACCAUGAACAAACUUGACAUUUUCAUCUCUGAAAAAAAACUACACAAUGCACUAGAAAAGUACUGUUGUUUACUGAGGAAUAUCACAUCAUCAAAACAUUGUCAAUUAUGUGUACCAGAAAUGCCCUGUGUUGGUUAAUAAAACUUCUUGUUCAACUAUCCAAUUUUCAUCAAUAUUGUGAAGUUUUCAUGCAUAUAGAUCAAGUGUUAAUCGUAUAGACUAAUUUUAAAAUUUAAACAAGACUUCUGUAUAUCUUGAGGAUUCAUGAGUGCUGAAUAGCAUGUUAUUCACUUCAAACAAGCCUAAGGAAAGGUGUAAGGGUAGAAUUGUUUUAUGCAUUGCUGUAUUAUUUCUAAAUGAGAAUGAAUUAAGUUACAAAAAUUUUGAUCUAAAUUUG